AUGGCAGCCCAGCACCUUGCGCCCUUCAUCGCCGCCUACAACGCCGCGAACCGCCUCAUACUACCCAUCUGCAUCGGCGGCAAACUCCUCUCCCGCAUGUUCGAAGACCAAGGUCACAGCAGCCCGCACCGCCUCUCUUCCCAGCGCCUCCUCCACCUUCUGCCGCUCCGACCUACCGCGGUCAGACUGGCCUCAACUCACCGACCUCGAAUCCAGCGACUUCAUACUACCUUUGCAGAUUGGAGGGCUACGGAAGGGGCAUACAAGAAGGAGGGCGAAAAGGAGGCGGACAAACCAUGCAUCCCAAGUCGCUUCGAGCCGCCAAUGCGAGACGGACGACGAGGCCGCGAACGGCCUAGCCCGCUACCUACCUCAAAUCCGGUGCAGCAGACCGAGAAGCCCCCUAAGAGGGCCCCAUACGCUCCGAUUCGGCCGACCGACGACGACGACGCUUGA